AUGAUACAGACGCAGUUCAACAAGAAGGUCAAAUUUGUGCGACACGAUGGAGCCCGCGAGUUUGCGACGAACUCGCUUCAAGAUUUCUACGAAGUCGAAGGCAUCGAGCAACAAACCACGGUGCCAUACGCACAUCAAGCCAAUGGAACUGCUGAACGCGCGAUUCGAACUAUCGUCACCAUCGGUCGUAGCAUGCUCCAUCAUGCCAAGUUGGACAAGUGCUUCUGGGCUGAAGCGGCAAUGACGGCCGUCUAUGUGAAGAACCGUUUGCCGUCACCCAAGAUUCCACACAAGACACCUUUCGAGAUUGUCUACAAUUCUAAGCCAAGUGUCAAGCACAUGCGCGUUUUUGGGUGCCAAGCAUACAUCUUGACCCCGAAGGAGAAACGACUCAAGUGGGAUCCCAAGGCCCGGGCUGGAUUGUUUUUGGGCUACGAAGAAGUGUCCAAGGCGUAUCGAGUUUACGACAUCGAAGCGGGGCAGGUGAUGGUAAGUCGCGAUGUCAACUUCGAUGAGUCGGCCUUUGGAAUGUCGAUGCUGAUUUCCGAUGACGAUGUUGAUGGCCUGGACUUCGAAUCGAUCGAUCUUGAUGAUGAAGAACCGCGUCCGAGACACUUCAAACAAACAGAAAAGCGCAAGGCCCAACCCAGUCACGACAAUGACGACGCAAGCAUGCCCCGAGCAGUGCGCCAACGACCCGGAUUGGAAGAGUCAAGUGCGCCGGAUGACAUCUCUUCACGUCGAGCCAACGAAGAUGAAGAAAGGAAGUCGGAGGAACAACAUGACACACCGACUUCCUCCGCGUUUUGGCAUGCGAGUGCAAACGCCGUCGAAGCAGCGGUCGAUUUUUCGGAGCCGUCGACAUUUGAAGAAGCAGUGUCUGGCCCGGACCAAGUACACUGGCGCAAGGCAAUUGAUGCGGAGCUCGAUUCGAUGAAGCUUCGCGGUGUCUUUCGUGCGGCCAAGUUACCCAACGAACAAAGCGCCAUUGGCACAAAGUGGGUCUUCAAGAUCAAGCGCAAGGCGGAUGGGUCGAUCGAGAAAUACAAGGCACGACUUGUGGCCAAGGGUUUUCGCCAAAAGUAUGGCAUCGACUACACGGAGACGUUCUCGCCCGUGGUCAAGUAUGUGACGCUGCGAAUGAUCAUCGCCAUUACCAAGCACUUUGGAUGGCCCCUCGACCAGCUCGAUGUGGUGACUGCGUUCCUGUAUGGAGUGAUGAAGGAGAAGGUGUUCUGCGCUGUUCCGGAAGGCGUCAAGAUGGAAGGUGAUUUCGACUGUCUCGAGCUGAUCAAGGCGAUCUACGGUCUCAAGCAAGCCUCGCGUGUUUGGAACGAGACCUUCGACGAGUUUAUUGAGGGUUACGGGUACAAUCCGAACCUAGCGCGUAGUUCUUACGAGAUAGUUUUUACAUCGGUAAUUACCUCAGAGAUGAUUAGACGCGUAGGAUGA